AUGUCUUGUCUGAGAAAAUAUCAUUGUCGGGCUUUCAGUUAUAUCCAAACUCGAUCCAGCUACGGACACAGUCGAUCACUGAAUCGUGAUAUAGCUAACGACGUCACUGAAGUUGAGAGACGAGCUCGAGCUCUCAGAGUUCUAGACAUCAUCUCCUCAAAAUCUGGUGAAGCUUCGCAUCGUCAGAACGAUUUUGGUGAGUUUCUGAAAACGGAUUCGAGACGAUUGAGAAGUCAAGCAGUUUCCGAGGAUUGUGAUCUCUCAAGAACCAAUCAUGGAGUCUCAAGCGUUCUGGAAGAAGUCCUGCUUGAGGAGGACUCUUCAAGCUUUGUCAAUGGCGGGAAAGGGUGGAGUUUCGAUGCUUAUGGUUUGUCCUCCGCCUUGAGUUCUUGCGGGUCGAAGCGAGAGUUUAAAACAGGUUAUGGGUUUCAUUGUAUAGCGUUGAAGAAUGGGUUGAUCUCAGAUGUCUACGUAGGAAGUUCUCUGGUCGUUUUGUAUAGAGAUUCUGGUGAGGUAGAUAAUGCACAUAAAGUGUUCGUAGAAAUGCCUGAGAAGAACGUUGUUUCGUGGACGGCUAUGAUCUCAGGGUUUGCGCAAGAAUGGCGAGUAGAUAUCUGCUUGAAGCUUUAUUCAGAGAUGAGAAGCUCAACCUCUGAUCCGAAUAAUUACACUUUCACUGCUCUCGUAGGCGCUUGUACAGGAAGUGGAGCGUUAGGGCAAGGGAGAAGUGUUCAUUGCCAAACGCUACAAAUGGGUUUCAAGUCUUAUCUCCAUAUCUCAAACGCACUCAUCUCACUGUAUUGCAAAUGCGGAGACUUGAAGGAUGCGUUUCGUGUAUUUGACCAUUUUGAGAAUAAAGACGUUGUGUCUUGGAACUCUAUGAUUGCUGGUUACGCGCAGCACGGACUUGCAACGCAAGCAAUCAAGAUUUUUGAAGUAGUGAUGCCAAAAAGCGGGACAAAGCCAGAUGAAAUCACGUAUCUAGGAGUCUUGUCAUCGUGCAGACACGCAGGUCUGGUAAAAGAAGGGAGAAAGUUCUUCAGUUUGAUGACGGAGCACGGCUUGAAGCCACAACUAAACCAUUACUCUUGUCUAGUUGAUCUCCUCGGCAGAUUUGGUUUGUUGCAAGAAGCGUUAGAGUUGAUUGAGAACAUGCCGAUGGAACCAAACUCGGUCAUAUGGGGAUCUCUGCUCUUCUCUUGCCGUGUUCAUGGUGAUGUCUGGAUGGGAAUCAGAGCUGCAGAGGAACGGCUGUUGCUCGAACCUGAAUGUGCAGCGACACAUGUCCAGCUGGCGAAUCUUUACGCAAGUGUGCAGUACUAUAAAGAGGCGGCGGCAGUGAGGAAGGUGAUGAAAGAUAAAGGACUGAGGACGAAUCCAGGUUGUAGUUGGAUUGAGAUUAAUAAUGUUGUUUUCAUGUUUAAAGCUGAAGAUGGUAGCAACUGUAGAAUGUUAGAGAUUGUUCAUGUUCUUCAUUGUCUCGUAGAUCAUAUGUAG